CUUUACGCCAACCUCAUUUAAUGAAAAUCGCUUGAUUUCUUUCAGGAAAAAGGGAAAGGGGAAGCAACCCAUCCAAAAACCCAGCCUCUCACAAAUGCUAGCUCUCGUAGACGUGAUCGAGCGGCACCUGGAGAUCGUCUUGGAUCAUCCUGGCGAUGAUACGAACCACGCUACCUGGGAGGUUGUGGCACUUUUUGCUAAUAAAGCAGACGAAGACGGCGUUCAAAAAAAUGGAAAGUCAUGGAGAAAGACUUGGUGCGAUCUCAUACUGUCAGCAAAGCAGAAUGUUUAUUUGGUUGAACAGAAUAUACGGCAAAAUCCAUUGCCAGAUCACCACAUGAAGGCGAUACAAAUUGUUCUACACAAAUCUUUCUCAGCGAGACGCACUCAAGUACAGCAAAAUAAUGCUGUUGUCAGUCGAAGACUUUCUUCUUCUUCAGCGCUCAAGAGAGCAAGGAUGGAAGGCAAUCCUGCAGGAUUUGGAGACGAAGAUGGGCCAUCAACCAGCAGUGGAUACAGAAGUGCUACAAGUUACGUCAAUCGACAUUUGCCAACUGCAGCUUUGCCAACUGCAGCUCAACCGUCAUCAGCUUGGAGUACAAAUAACGCUGGAACCAUAACUGCUACCACAACUUCCAGCUCUAACAUAUGUUCUAAUUCAACUGCAGGCACAACAGCUGCAGCUGAAAAAAGUAGUGCUUUUAUCAAAGCUUUUGACUCAAAAAUAAAGGAGUUGGUUGAUGUAUUAGCAGCACAGUUUAUAUCCUGUUUCGAGCAGCAGAAAGUGCUUUUGCAAAAUUGCUUUGCGAAGCAGAAUGAACUGCUCUUGAAAAUACAAACCAAUGAUUUGGUUAAUGAUGCAGCACAAGAUGAUGAAGAUGAAGUGCCACUUCCGGAUAACCCACAACCUUCGUCUCCUAGAAAUGCUCCUGUAGUCGAAGAGGAAUCUGAAGAAACUGAAUAUACGGCAAGUGGCACAGUUGAAUCUUUUUUAGAAGAUCAUGGUGAUGAUGAUGGUUUCAUCUAUGAAACUUUAGAUAAUGAUUUUUAUUAAAUUCAAGAGAAAUGCCCGAUAUGCCUUGAUGUAUUGACCAGACCAGCCAUCAUACCAAGAUGUGCCCAUGUGUUCUUCUAUGAAUGCAUUUACGAGUGGGUCGAUAAGGAGCUUGAGUGCCCAUUGUGCAGAAUAAUAAUUAAUACUUUUGAUAUUGCUGAGUUGCCAUAGCCUCACUUUAAUAGUUUUAUUG